AUGCAUUUAUUUGGAUUCUCAAAAAAGACGAAAAAAACGACUUUCUUCAAGGAAUUUGGGUCUUGGACUACGAAAGUUGAUGCAGAUGAUACUUCAAGUGACAGUAGUAGUAGUAAUAGUAGUAACAAUAACAACAAUAACAACAAUAACGACGGUAAUAACAUCGAUAAAGCUCACCAAAUACUGCGAAAAUCUUUGGAUAGCGCGAUGAAUGAAAAAGCAAGCCAAGAACUACUUGAAGCAUCUAAAUCGGAAAUAGCGCCGCCGCUGUCGCCAUCUAAACAUGUCAAACCACCUACAGUGACGAUAGAUCAACCUUCUGAAACCAAAGAAGAAAAAGCCAAGACAAGCAUCAUGAAUAACAAUCAAACAAGUUUUGAUUUAAACACAUUACUCUCUUUGGAAACACAACAACGAUUAGAUGCACAGACAGAAAGGGAUAAAUCAACUGAUACACCACCUAGACCAACUAGACUUAAAUUCGCAUUACCAGAAACACCAACACGAUCUCGAUCUCCCAAUAAUCAACAUAUUACUUAUCCACGAGCUCGACCUUAUCGAUCUCUUUCUGCUGAAGGUGAUCGUCGACAAGAUGAAAGUGGUGGUCGUACCAAAUCAGGUCGUAGGAGACGUCGUCAUCGAAGAUGGUCAUUGUUGAUGGGCUCGGAUACAGAUGAUGAUGAUGAAAAAGAAGAAAGGGAAAGGGCAAUGAAAAGGCAUUUGGAAAUUGGCACCUAUGUUAGAUUGAUCAAGCGUCCAUUACCUACUUAUGGUCAUGUAAAAUAUAUAGGUCCUGUUGGAAACGAACCUGGUGAUUGGAUCGGAGUGGAACUGGAACAUAGAGUUGGCAAUUGUGAUGGAUCAAUCAAAGGACAACAUUAUUUCAAGACGGAUCCGCAGCGUGGAAUAUUCUUGAAACGAUUUGACGUGGAAGCGGUGAUAUAGAAAUUUUUCAUCCAGCCAAGCGACAAAGAACUACCCAUUUAGACAACAAUUAUGCAUAAACCAAUUUUUCUGACCCAUUUUGAUUGGAUACCCCCUUUUCAUUUCCUUAGCAUUUUUACCACACCCAUCUUUUUAUGGUUUUUGACUUUGAAUAAACAUUUUAUUAUUUUAUUUAUUA